AUGGAACAAUGGGGUUUGCCUGAUCUUCCACAUGAGGUCGUCUACAACAUACUCUCAAGACUACCUGUCAAGUCUCUGUGCCGUUUCAAGUCGAUUUCCAAGCCAUGGCUCACUCUGAUCACCGACCCCCACUUCGUCAAAUCUUACCUCCAUCAAUCCAUGAAAAGCAACACGAACCAUAAGCUAAUCGUCGCUCCUCAUUAUAACUGGGCUCAGAGUAGUUCUCAAUCUUCCUAUUCCAUGGACUACCAAGCACCCGAUCCCACCCUAGCCGAGCUCGAAAUGCCCUGGAAGUCUGGUGUUGUUGAAAUUUGUGGCUCUUUCAAUGGAGUCUUACUCUUAGAUAUCGCGUAUGCGCUUGGUUAUGACUCUAUUAACGAUGAUUUCAAGGUUGUUGGGUUUGUUACCCGUACUGCUGCAAGAGAUGUUCUUAGCAUGCCACCCUUUAUAAGUGAUGGCCCUUGCACUGUUCAUGUGUUUAGUUCUAAACUAAGCUCAUGGAAGAGCAUUGGAGACUUUGAUUACCCUUGUUGUCUUUGUGGGCCGGGGAGUGUUCUAAAUGGGGCACCACAUUGGUUUGCGCAUGGCAUCACCGAUACCGGUGAGUGUUGUUUCCGUAUUGUUUGUUUCGAUGUUAUGGAAGAGAAAUUCAAGGAUGUGCCCACGCCUAUAUAUGAAGUUGAGAGUAAUUUAUUUAAAGUAGGUGUUUUGGAUGGAUGCCUCUGUGCGGUUGACAUCCGUCGCCCCAAAAGUCAUUUUGAUGUCUGGAUGAUGAAGGAAUAUGGCGUGAAAGAAUCUUGGACCAAGUUGUUUGUUGUACCAAAUGUGCCAGGAGUGUUGUUUUACAAAUACUGUGCGCUGCUGUGUUUCACAAAGGAUGGAGGGGUUGUAUUGAGGUUGGAGUUAGAGGCGUCAAGGCCGAUCAAAAGAAAGAAGUCAGAGGAGUCUUUGAAGCUAGCGAUCUACAAUCCAAAACAAAAAACCAAGAGGAUCAGGAUGCCUCAGGAUUGGAUGGGGUUUGAUGUUGCUUUAUAUGUGGAGAGUCUUGUUUCACCUCCUCGUUGCAACAGCACUAGAAGGCACUGCUAA